UCAGCUUGUGAUUUUUUUUUCACCAUAUCAGAGAGUUGAAAUGGGCGAUUCAAGUACAGCAAUUGCUACCAGUAGUAAUAAUAAUAAUAAUAUCAUCCUUAACCAUGACUUCUCUCAAGGGCUACAGAAAUGGACCCCUAAUCACUGCAAAGCCCAUGUGGUUCGUCUUCCAGCACCAGAUGGCGGCGGCGCCGGCGGCGCAAGCGCCUGUUUUCAUGCCGUCCUGACUAAUCGUAAAGAAGGUUGGCAAGGCCUGGAGCAAGACAUCACAGCCCGUAUUACGCCAGGCACCGCUUAUUCGGUCCGGGCUUGUGUUAGCGUCUCCGGAGAGCUUCCCGGCGGCCAUACCACCUCCGUUCAAGCCACACUCAGACUUCAUACCCGAAACUCUCCUACCCUCUAUCUCCACAUCGGAAGAAAAAUCGUAUCCCCAUAUUAUUGGGGAACGUUGGAAGGCACAUUUUUUGUGUCAACAGCACCAGACAAGGUGGAGUUUUUUCUUGAAGGGCCUCCGCAAGGAGUAGACAUACUCGUGAAAUCUGUCACACUCUUAGAUUGUACCCUCUGGAUAAAUUCUGACGCAGAUAUUGAAGCGGGAAACCGCCAUGGUAAUAACAACAACAAUAAUAUUGUCUUUAAUUAUGACUUUUCACAAGGGUUGCAUAUGUGGAACCCCAACGGGUGCAAGGCUCACGCGGUUGUAAAGGAUUCGGGAACCACAUUUGCUGCGGUUACAAAUCGUAAGCAGAGCUGGCAUGGAUUGGAACAAGAUAUUACGAACCGAGUUGUCCAAGGUCUUAGUUAUAAUGUGAGGGCUCGUGUCAGAGUUUCCGUGAACGGUGUGGGAACCAUUGAUGUACAAAUUGCUCUGAGACUAGAGUACCAGAACUUGGAGGCUAAACAUUACCUUAUUGAGAGGUAGAGUACAAUAUAUAUUUACAAUUUAG